CUGGACGUUCUCUGUUCAAUGGUGCAUGCAGUCUCGCCCCCAGAGGAGCCCCCCGAGAUCGCACGAACGCCAGGGAGCAAAGGGUGUGUCGUAAGGCACACGUGACGGCGAAAAAUCGCAAAUCUGUAGCGUUUCGGACCAGUACAGACAGAUAUCAGAUCUCGGGAUAGAUACGCAUCAUACAUCUGAAGGAUCGCAUCAUUCCGACUUGGCCUUCUUGAUGGGCCGGUAGUAGCCGAUCACCUGCCCAUGCAUGACACACACGCACCACACCGAGACGGGCAUGAUGGUGUGUCUUGCUGUGCACGCGUGUGUGUCUGAUACCUACCACAGCGUGGUCCCGAUGGUAUGGCUCGAGUGUGAUCUGUUCUCUUGGCUUGCACUGGGCCUUCUUGAGUUUGUCCACCUCAGCUACAUACAUACACACAGGCACAGGCAGGGAGGGAGGGAACCGAUAGGUGUGCUCUUUCUCCCUUGUGCAGUGCAGUGCAGUGCAGUGUGUAUGUGUGUGCGUACCAGCAAACACGACCUCUGGCUUGGCAGUGGAGUCCACGCAGUUGGCCUGCAGGAAUCCAUAACAUGACACACACACACACACACACAUAUCCAUGGGCAGGAUGGCUCCCUCAGCCCCUCCCCUCCACUACCCUGCCCUGCCCUGCCCACGUAUUUCUGUCGUGUGUGUGUUGUGUGGGCGAGGUACCUUUAUGGAGAUGACGUAGCCUCCGCCCUCCUUCAGGAACAUCUCGGCGUUCAGCGCCACAAUGCGGGCCUGAUCGUCCGUCCAUCCACCGAUGCACCAGACAAACAGACAGACAGACAGACAGACCGACAGACAGACAGACAGACAGAAUCCAUCAGAACAUUUGCAUUAGUGUGCCUGACUUCACCUGUUUCACCUACCGACCUGGUCGGGCUGUGCCACGUCGGCAAAGAUGGCGUCGACCAUUCCCACCAACAUGCGGUACCUCAGUGGGAAUCUCGCGUCCUCGACGAUUGGAAUGAUGUUGGGCCGCUUCUUGGCCUGAGAGAGGGAGCACAAAGGCUAAACAGCGCUAGGCAGGUGUGUGUUGCUGUGUGCAGUGUUAGUGACGCCACUGACCAUGUUGGUGAGGUCCCUCCCUGAUCGGUGAGAGAACUCCACAGCGUACACCACACCGCUCUGACCGAAGGAAAGAAACAAAGUGAAGUGCGUCCAAGUGUCAUGCGUGUCACGUGUGUGUUGGAUGGGAUGGCUGCAGGCAAUUGGCUGACUGACCUCUCCAACCAUAUCCGACACAUGCGAGACAGUCGUCCCCGACGCAGCACCUGCACGACGCACAUACACGCCGAGGUAAGGUAACCAACCCGGGAUCGAUAGAAGACACACAUCACAUCGAUAGGCUUGUUUCCUCCGUAUGUACCCAGGUAGAGCACUUUGGAGCCGGGCUUGAUGGGCAUGUGCUCAACACCACCUGCACACACGGACACAGCACACACGCCACGCCAUAUGGCUACACUCAGUGUUUGUGAGCAUGUGAAAGAAUCUUCGUAGCUCACCGAGGAUGGUCGCCCCAAGCUUGGACCGGAAUGGAUUCCACACACGGUACUCGAUCUUCUCGCCUUCUUGCUGGCCACCCACAGCACAGACAGACACACAAGUCCACUUUGAUCCAGGGAGGGAGGGAGCCAUUUGUGCAGUGAGGGCGUCACCUCGACAGCCAUUCUCUUCUCGCCGUAGACGGACUCGCCGGGCACGAGAUUGCGCGUCACGAGGGCAUCGGCCUUGCCCUUGGCCAUGAACACGCCCGCAUGUCUGUGCGGCUCUAUGAUGACGCUCCCCCCUCCCCCUCCCCUGCCGCCUGGUCCUCCCCUGCCGCCUCGCCCGCCACCACGACCGCCUCUCCCACGACCUGACACACACAAACACACAAACACAAGCACACAUCGAGUGACAUUCAUGACGCAACACGCGGGAGCUUUUUGUGCCUCAUUCUUUUCACCACCGGGUGAUCCUCUCCCUCUGCCGCCGAAGCUCCCUCCUCUGCCUCCCCUGCCGCCUGGUCCUCCCCUGCCUCGCCCACCACGAUCACCACCACCACGGCCGCGGCCGCCUCCACGCCCACCGCCUGACCUCACACAUCAAUCACACAAUGGAUGAAUUGGUGGAGCAGAUGGGCCUCAGCAUGUUGUUGCUUACGCAUCAUCGUGAAUCCCGCAGCGAUGGACUCUCUACCGUUCCUGUGCAGUCGUGUGCUUCUGUUGCAGUCCAGAUCACAGCCCUGUGUUUUUUUCUCCG